AGGCUCGAUCACGUGACAGGGCGAGAAGGCUGCCCCUUGUUGGUUUCACGCGCGCCUCGCAAGUGCAGCACAGCAACAUGACCCGGACGGACUUCGAGGCUAAGAUGGGUGCCGACCUCGAGGGCACCAAGGAUGUCGUGAAGGAGUACUAUUCGAAGCAUUUGAAGGCAUCGCAGGACCUGCAGACCAACGCCUGCUGCACCAUCGCCACCCCUCCCGAGCACAUCAAGAAGGCGAUGGCGAAGGUCCACGACAAGGUCCACGAGAAGUACUACGGCUGCGGGCUGUGCCUUCCCGACGACCUGGAGGGCCUUUCGAUCCUGGACCUGGGCUGCGGUGCUGGCCGCGACGUUUACAUCAGGGCGACGACUCGUCGGGCCCACCGGCCGCGUGGUCGGGGUCGACAUGACCCAGGAGCAGCUCGAUGUCGCCGUCGAGUACAAGGGCUGGCACGCAGAGCAGUUCGGCUACAGCAACGUGGAGUUCAAGCUCGGCUACAUCGAGCGGCUGAACGAGCUGGAUCUCGGGAGCGCGACGUUCGACGUCAUCGUGAGCAAUUGCGUGAUCAACCUGAGCCCUGACAAAGAGGCGGUCCUGCGUGAAGCUUACCGGCUGCUUAAGCCAGGCGGGGAGCUUUACUUCAGCGACGUGUAUGCUGAUAGGCGGAUGCCUCAGGCACUUAAAGAGGACGAGGUGUUGUGGGGCGAGUGCGUAUCUGGUGCAUUGUAUUGGAACGAUUUCCACAAUCUUGCCAAAAAGUGUGGGUUUGCAGACCCCCGUUUGAUGAAGGAUAACCGCCUUACAAUCAACAACCAAAAGCUGGAGGCAAAGCUGGGAUGCAUCAAGGUCUACUCUGCUACUUACAGGCUGUGGAAGCUUGAUGGGCUGGAGAGCCACUGUGAGGAUUAUGGACAAGCGGUGAUUUACAAGGGCACGAUCCCUCACUGUCCAGACGUAUUUGCGCUGGAUGGCCACCACGCCAUUGAGAAAGGAAAAGUGUUCCCAGUAUGCGGGAACACAUGGAGGAUGCUUGCAGACACUCGGUUCAAGCGGCACUUCGAGUUCAUUGGGAAUUUCGACACUCAUUAUGGGGGGCACGCCGGCGGGUCUACGACGGCUGCGGCACGCUGAUCCCCUUCGAGAGCGCCAGGGCCGAGAAGGGAGGCGGGGGCAGUGCGUGCUGCUAAGAUGUUGUGCUCUCUUUCCGCGCGGCCGCCCCGCGUCGGGAUGCGGUCCCAGCUCUGCUGGUAGGACCGUUUUGGGCCUUUCAAGCAAUGCCGCAGCUUCUCGCUGGGGAGCCUGCGCUGUGGGGGCGCCGCCUGGCAAAGACAGAAGCAGGCCCGUGCCCUCGCCGCAUUUUUCGGGUACGGCGCGGCCGAUGCCACACGACAGAUCCGCCGCGGGAGACCCGGAGCGAGGCCGCGCUGCGGGUGCUGGUGCCUCUCCUGGGGCACGAGGAGCAGCCGGCUGCGGCGGCGGCCUGUGCUGCCUCCUCCAUGCUGCGCCGCGGUGCUGCUGCGACGAGCCGCCGGUGGUCGUCGUCGUCGUCGUCGUCGGCGUCGUCGUCGUCGUCGUCGUCGUCGUUGUUGUCCUCGGAGCAGG